AUGUCAACUGGAACACCUUCACCGGACAGAAACAGACCAUUGGAUGAUCGAAAAGUCACCGGUUACGACCCUUUGAUCCCUCCUGCCCUCUUACGACAUGAUCUCCCUGUGCCAGCCGUAGCUUCAAAAACCAUCUCUUCAUCCCGACGUACCGCAUCUUCAAUCGUAAGAGGAACAGAUCCUCUAUCGAGAUUACUCGUCAUUGUCGGUCCGUGUAGUAUCCACGAUAUCGAUCAAGCAAAAGAGUACGCUUCGAGAUUGAGAAAAGGUGUUCAAGAAGGUAGAUGGCAAGGAUUAGAAGUCGUCAUGCGGGUUUACUUCGAAAAACCAAGAACGACAGUAGGAUGGAAAGGUUUAAUCAACGAUCCAGAUAUCAACAACUCUUUCGCAAUCAACAAAGGUUUGAGAAUUGCCAGAGAAUUACUAUGUGAUAUCAAUGAUAUGGGUAUGCCCGUUGGAUGUGAAUUGCUCGAUACUAUUAGCCCUCAAUUCAUCGCCGACUUGAUCACAUGGGGCGCUAUUGGUGCCCGAACUACUGAAUCUCAACUUCAUCGAGAACUCGCUUCAGGCGCUUCUUUCCCUAUAGGGUUCAAAAAUGGUACAGAUGGAUCAGUCGGUGUAGCUAUCGACGCUAUGCAAUCCGCUUCUCAUCCUCAUAAUUUCAUGGGUAUCAAUUCACAGGGUAUGGCUUCUAUCGUCAAAACAAGUGGAAACAGUGAUUGUCAUGUCAUCUUACGAGGUGGUACCCAUGGACCCAAUUACGCAUCUGAACACGUACAAAAAGCUUUAUCAACUAUGCGAACCAAAAACCCCGAUGAUCACGCUUCAAUCAUGGUUGAUUGCUCACACGGCAAUUCAUCAAAGAAUCAUCUGAAUCAACCUAUAGUAGCUGCAAACUUGGCGGAACAAAUCGCAGCUGGUGAAGAGGGAAUAACCGGUAUUAUGUUCGAGAGUAACUUGAAGGGUGGUAAACAAAGCAGUGAUAAACCUCGUGAUCAACUUGAGUACGGUGUAUCGAUUACUGAUGCAUGUGUUGAUUGGGAGAUGACCGUUGAUAUGCUCGAUAACCUUAACAAGGCAUCGCUCACACGAAGAGCUCUUCUCGACGCUAGACAUGCCAAUGGAAAUGGUCAACCUCCAGCUCUCAAAAGACUGAAGACAGAGGAGUAG